GUUUUAUUGAAAGGUGAUUUAUUUAGCGUYAUUAAUCUGUUCUUUUUUAGAAAACCGCAAAUAAGUGCUUAGUUAUGUCACCUUCGGUUAUUUAAAACAUGGGUUCCCGAGGCAGAGAUAUUGAAAAAGAGCGACUGUUAAAAAGAAUUGCAGAAAAAAGGGCACGGUUGGAAGCUAGAGGCGAUCUUAAUAUUAAAGUCCCACGAUUAACCGUUCCUUCGGAUUUUAAUAUUCAAGAUCGCAAUGUAUUUUCAUUACCUCCUGAAAUUUUACGACCGGUUAUAGCUUCUUCUUAUCCCAAAUAUCGGAAAAAAGUAGCAGAGCAAAAGAAAAGAGAUGAACAAUUAAAAAAUAAGUUGAAGUCGUAUACUGAGUUGCGAAAGCAAAGAGAAGAAUUUAGAAAAAGACUUGUCGAUUUAAUUGUCAAUAAAGACGAUGAUGCUGUUGAUCCAAACCAAAUACCAUCAGCAGAUGAGCGAGAAAUUUUGCGCUACUACUAUUACAUCAAAUAUGGUGUUGAUACAAUACAUGUAGCUCCAUUAGACGUUAAAGUGUUAAAUAGGGUGUUAGCAUUAGUUCCUAGAAAAUUAAKGAAAUGGGAGCAAACUCUAGAAGCUUCCAUCGAAGACAUGAAAACUGAUUUCAUGAUGGCGGUUAAAAAAGCUAUAGUCGACUUUGUCCUCCAAGACCCAGCGUUUGUAAAAGUUGUAUCUGAAACAGAAUCGCCACAUAAAAAAGAAUUGAAAGAUAUGGUCUUAACAGUAAAAACUGUCAUACAAACGGCUAAAGCUAAAUUGGAAAGAGAUCUUCAUGUCAUAAAUCCUUGUUUGGCCGCCAUCUUGGACAUUUGGUAUAGCAGAUUUAGAAAACUUCGAUUGGUCGACACGAAAGAACUAAUGGCUCACGAAGGCGCGUUCAGUCUCGAAGAAUUUAAAUGGACAAUCAACAACCAAAUCGAUGCUUGCAAACAAACACUUAUGAACGACUACUACGCUGCUGUGACUGACGUUUUUUUAAAAGGCAGUAAAAAGAAUUUACUUCCAGAUCCAGCAAAACCGAAAAGGAUGAAAUCUUUUUAUAACGCUGUAGCGACAAUAAUGACAUACAAUUUACAAACUCUUUGUCUGAAAUCAUUAUACGACUACAUUAGCUAUAUUACUGACAUUAAAUAUUCGAAUAAAGGAUUUAUAAUUCAUUUACAUCAGAAAGUCAAUACGUUAGUGUUUGAGCCUCCAUUUAAACAUUUUACUGAUGCUUUACUCAAUGUUAUUGACUUUAUUAUCGAAGCUGUAAUGACAGUACCGAGGUUGGAAUGUCGACUUUAUUUAGAUGCGGGUCAAGAGGUUUAUUUAAAACCAACGAUUCCGGAACUUACUGUCGAAAAUUACCGUCAACGAAUUAGAGAUUUAUUAGAGAAUCAGAGAAUUGGACCGGAACUACGUGUUCAAGAUUUUGAUGAGUAUAUGCCACUGAUAAACGGAGAAGACGAAGAAUGGAUUACUAAGUUUUUAGCUGAAGAUCGAUCAUUUGAUGAAUAUGUUGAAGAAAUAUUGCGUUACAAACAAAUUAUUGAUGAAAUUCCGAUUGUCAAAGAACACAUUAUUACGAUGGAGAUGUAUAAUAUGGAACGAUUUGAAAUGAUUAAAGCUCUUGUAGCAGCCGCUGAAAAUUUUAAAGAUAUUCUAAUCAAACGUUGUACUAAAGAUUAUCAAUCUUUGUGCAAAGCACUUGGUGAAGAAUAUCAGGCUAUAGCUGAGAAAGCUCUCAAAACGCCUGCAAAUACUGCCGAACUAAUGGCUUUAAUUCGGUUUGUUGAAGAUACUGAAACCACCACCCUUCCUGAAAUGGAAGACCGGCUUAGAAUUGUCCUGAAAUACAUGUUAUUCCUAUCGGAUCAUGCCAUAUUUACCCCUAUUGAAAUGAAGCAAAACAAUAUCACUUUCUUAUGGUAUUUGCGAAUGCCUAAAGUUGUUGAAGAACACAGACAACUGGUCGACGUUAAAAUGGAAGAAUUCCAAGCCUCUUUAGCUUCAAGAAUCCAAAAGUUUGUUGAUGACUUGCAACUCUAUGCCAAAAUGGUUGACGAGCUUCAACAUAAUGGGAAUAUUGACGACUUGCCUCGAUAUCACAAGAAAGCAACUCAACUUGAUAACAGAUUGAUUACAGCAAUGGAAAAAAUUGAUGCUUUUAAUGAAGAAGAGGCUGCUUUCGGUUUCGAAUUAUCUCAGUAUCCUCUUAGAAAACAAACUCAUGAUAAGUUGACACCUUAUAAGAAAUUAUACGAUAACUCAAUGGAGUUUUUGACAAAAUACGAAUUGUGGAUGAAGUCACAAGUCGGAACCUACGAUCCGGAAGAAAUAGAACAGGAUGUAGCUCAGUGUUAUCGAAAUGUUUAUAAAUUGGAGAAAGUAUUUUCAGAUCGACCGACAACACAGCAAUUGGCUACCACUGUGCGAACUCAAAUUGAAGAAUUCAAAGAGCACAUGCCAAUUAUACAAACACUUGGAAAUCCGGGAAUGAAACCUCGGCAUUGGGAGAAGAUUUCGGAAAUUGUUGGUUUUCCAAUUAAAGUCGACUCUGAGCUUACUCUUGAGAAAAUUAUCGAUUAUGGCCUUGAUGAGUAUAUUGACAAGUUUGAGGCAAUAUCUGAAGCCGCAACUAAGGAAAAUAACCUCGAAAAGAAUUUGAGUAAGAUGAUGACCGAAUGGCAGGACAUGGAAUUUGUUGUUCAUGCGUACAGAGACACUGGUACUUAUAUUUUGUCAGCAGUUGACGAUAUACAAGUCUUGCUGGACGAUCAUAUUGUCAAGACACAAACGAUGAAGAACUCACCUUAUAUCAAGCCAUUCGAGAAAGAAAUUCUUUCAUGGGAAGCUAAACUUCAACUGCUGCAAGAGAUUUUGGAUGAGUGGUUGAAAGUGCAAUCAACAUGGAUGUACUUGGAACCAAUAUUUAGUUCACCAGAUAUUCAGCAACAAAUGCCAGAAGAGGGAAGACGGUUCAGUGCUGUUGACAAAAUUUGGAGAGACUUGAUGAAAACAGUCAAUGCUGAUUGCAAAGUCUUAUCUGUGGUCGAAAUCGAUAAAAUGCUUGAACGUCUCAAGAAGUGCAAUAGUCUCUUGGAGAUGAUUCAGAGAGGCUUGAAUGACUAUUUAGAGAAAAAGAGACUCUAUUUCCCYAGAUUUUUCUUUUUGUCUAAUGACGAAUUGUUGGAAAUAUUGUCWGAAACCAAAGAUCCAACAAGGGUACAACCACACUUGAAGAAGUGCUUCGAGGGAAUUGCCAAACUUACCUUCACUGAAGACUUAGAUGUGACUGAGAUGAAGUCGAGUGAAGGUGAAAUUGUACCACUUGUGGAUGUGAUUCAGACGAGUCUUGCUCGAGGUCAAGUAGAGAAGUGGUUAGUUGAAUUGGAAACAGAUAUGAAGAAAUCUGUUCACAAAAUGGUGCAUGAGGCACUUAAGGAUUAUGUAAAACGAUCGAGAGAACAAUGGGUCUUAGUAUGGCCAGGCCAAACUAUACAAUGUAUUUCUAUGACUUACUGGACUUUGGAAGUCCAUAAAGCUAUUGAAACUAGCACCGAAGCUAUGAAAGCUUAUUUGGAGAAAUGUACGGAGCAAAUCGGAAAAAUUGUGGAUCUUGUUCGUGGGAGACUAAAUACUCAAAACCGGAUUACACUUGGAGCUUUGGUUGUCUUAGAUGUUCAUGCCAGAGACGUUUUAGCAGAAAUUAUACAACUAGGUGUAAAAAAUGUUAGCGAUUUUAAGUGGUUGUGCCACUUGCGUUACUAUUGGGAAGAGAACAACCUAAAAACUUCAAUGAUUAACUCGACUUUGAAAUACGGUUACGAAUAUUUGGGUAAUACCACAAGGCUAGUUGUGACACCAUUGACAGAUCGGUGUUAUCGAACACUAUUUGGAGCUUUGCAUCUUCACUUAGGUGGAGCUCCAGAAGGACCAGCUGGAACCGGCAAAACCGAAACCACAAAAGACUUAGCUAAAGCAGUAGCUAAACAAUGUGUCGUUUUUAACUGUUCCGAUGGUCUUGAUUACAUCGCUUUAGGUAAAUUCUUCAAAGGUUUGGCAUCGUGUGGUGCUUGGUCUUGUUUCGAUGAAUUUAACAGAAUCGAUUUGGAAGUACUUUCAGUAGUAGCACAACAAAUUUUGACCAUUCAAAGAGGUAUCAACUCGGGUAACGAAAAACUGUUCUUUGAGGGAACAGAACUAACUCUUGACCCAACUUGCGCUGUUUUUAUCACAAUGAAUCCRGGCUAUGCCGGCAGAUCUGAAUUACCAGAUAAUUUGAAAGCUCUAUUUAGAUCUGUAGCUAUGAUGGUGCCUGAUUAUGCCUUAAUUUCGGAAAUUGAGCUUUAUGCUUCUGGUUUUCUUACGGCUAAGCCUUUGGCUGUCAAAAUUGUUGCGACUUAUAGGCUUUGUUCAGAACAGUUAUCCUCUCAAUGUCAUUAUGAUUAUGGUAUGAGGGCUGUUAAGUCGGUUUUGAGGGCCGCAGGAGCGUUGAAAUUGCGCUAUCCUGAAGAGCAGGAAGACAUUCUAGUUCUCAGGUCCAUUAAGGAUGUUAAUUUGGCCAAGUUCUUAAAUAUGGAUGUACCUCUAUUUCAAGGCAUUACCUCUGAUCUGUUUCCUGGUGUUAUUUUGCCAGAACCUGACUACGUUAUCAUGAACCAAGCAGUUGACGAUGCUUGCAAAGCUGCAAAUAUUCAGAAUACACCAUUCUUCUUAGAGAAGGUUCAACAAUUAUACGAAAUGAUUAUUGUUAGGCAUGGGUUAAUGAUUGUGGGUUUACCAUUUGGUGGUAAAACAACGUCUUACCGAAUUCUUGCCGAAGCUUUGGCUCUUAUUGAGGAGAGAGGUGGUAUGGAUGAACAUAAAGCGAUCUAUACAGUAAUGAACCCAAAAUCUAUCACAAUGGGUCAACUGUAUGGUCAAUUCGACCCUGUAUCGCAUGAAUGGUCAGAUGGGGUUUUAGCUGUGAGUUUUCGUCAAUUUGCUAUGUCUACAACUGACGACAGAAAAUGGUUAAUUUUUGAUGGUCCUGUGGACGCAGUUUGGAUAGAAAAUAUGAAUACUGUCUUGGAUGAUAAUAAAAAAUUGUGUCUCAUGUCUGGCGAAAUUAUUCAAUUAGCAAACACGACAAACUUGAUUUUUGAACCAAUGGACUUAGAAGUGGCUUCUCCUGCUACUGUUUCUAGAUGCGGAAUGAUUUAUAUGGAGCCAGCGUCUCUAGGAUGGGAACCUCUUCUAUUAUCRUGGCUCAACAAUCUACCUCCAUUCAUUAAUACAGAUUUUUAUAAAACAAUGAUUAAGACUUUAUUUGUGAGAUUUUGUAAUCCACUGUUAUGGCUGUUGCACAAAGGCGGAUUAAAAGAAAUUGCAUCAACUUCUCAAACAAAUUUACUGAAAGCUACAAUGAAUUUAUUUGAUUGUUUCAUGGAUGAUUUUCACGACGAAAAAUACCGUGAGCAAGUCAGCGAUUUGGAUGUAAGAGCACAAAUUGAAGGUUCUUUUUUUUUCGCUUGCAUCUGGUCAAUGGGUGGAACUUUAGAUGCGGCCAGCCGACCAAAAUUCAAUCUACUUUUCCGCGCGUUAUUAGAGAGGGAAUUUCCCGAGAAAGUCCGUGAGGAAUUACACAUUCCUUUCGAAAUCGCCAAACCUGAGAAACCGUACAUUUUUACGAUACCAAUCGGGGAAACAGUGUUCGAUUAUCGAUACAUAAAAGAGGGUAAAGGAAAAUGGAAACUUUGGUCUGAUGAAUUGGCAUCAGCCCCGCCAAUUCCCAGAGAUAUUCCUGUAAAUCAAAUAAUCGUCCCCACUGUGGAGACUAUCAGAAAUAUCACAAUAAUGCAAUUACUGGUGCAACACCAAAAAGCUAUGAUGAUUAUUGGUCCGACGGGAACCGGAAAAUCGUGUUAUGUUACGGAUUUCCUGCUGAAAAAGAAUGACACAAAUACAUACAAACCCGUUUUUAUCAGCUUUUCUGCCCAAACCACUGCUAAUCAGACACAAGACAUAAUUAUGGCAAAAUUAGACAAACGAAGGAAGGGUGUUUUUGGCCCUCCGGUUACUAAAAAAUGUGUCAUUUUUGUCGACGAUGUUAACAUGCCCUUGAAAGAGGUGUAUGGGGCGCAGCCGCCCAUCGAGUUGCUAAGACAAUGGUUUGAUCAUGAAAUGUGGUACGACAGGAAGGAAAUCGUCCCCAUAAAACUCGUAGAUAUACAGUUUAUGUGUGCUAUGUGUCCCCCCACUGGAGGUGGAAACACAAUCACACCUAGAUUUUCAAGGCAUUUUAAUCAUUUAUGUAUCGACGAGUUUCAGGAAAAUGUUUUGAUUCAUAUUUUCAGCAAAAUUAUGUUGUGGCAUCUGGAUACGAGGGGAUUUUCGAAGGAGUUCGACCCGUGCAUUCAACAGAUCGUCCUGGCGACUCUCGACAUCUACAAAAUGGCAAGGGCCAAUUUGCUCCCAACACCGGCGAAGUCGCAUUACCUGUUCAAUUUGCGAGAUUUCUCCAGAGUCAUACAAGGCGUUCUUUUGUCGGUUCCCGAGGCCAUGGAGGACUUGGUAGCGAUGAAACGUCUGUGGGUCCACGAAGUAUUGCGGGUGUAUUACGACCGCUUGGUCGACGACACGGACAGAUCAUGGAUCGUAGAGGCUUUAAGGGAGGUCACCACCCAGCAGUUAGAGGAAAACUUUGACUCGAUGUUCGAAAGAUUAGCCUCUGCGGAGUCGUCGACAAUAGGGGAGACUGAGCUGAGGAAUUUGUUGUAUUGCGAUUUUGCGAAUCCCAAAGCCGAUCAAAGACAUUACAUCGAAGUGCUCGAUUUGGAGCAGUUGAAGGAGAUUGUCGAGGGUUAUCUUGCCGAGUUUAACAACAUGACAAAAAAACCGAUGAAUUUGGUACUUUUUAGAUUUGCGAUUGAACAUUUAUCAAAGCUAUGUCGGAUAUUGAAGCAACCGCGAAGUCACGGCCUUUGCGUCGGAGUUGGGGGCUCUGGCAGGCAAUCACUCACACGUCUCGCGGCUCAUAUAUCCGAAUACGAACUCUUCCAAGUGGAGAUCACUAGGUCUUAUGGAGUUCCCGAAUGGAGGGAGGAUGUUAAAGUGAUAUUAAGGAAAGCGAGUGCGACGGAUCAACACGGAGUUUUCCUAUUCACAGACUCGCAAAUAAAAGAAGAGGGUUUUCUGGAAGACAUCAGCAAUUUGAUGAAUUCCGGAGAAGUUCCUAAUAUAUUUACAGGCGAGGAACGCGUCGAACUGUGUGAAAAGAUGCGACAGUUGGACAGGCAAAGAGAUAAGUCUCUGCAAACCGACGGAAGUCCGGUCGCACUUUACAACUUUUUCGUGCAAAUUGUCAAAGAACAAUUACAUAUCGUGUUGGCAAUGAGUCCUAUAGGAGACAGUUUCAGGACACGUAUAAGAAAAUUCCCUGCGAUUGUGAAUUGCUGCACGAUAGAUUGGUUUCAAGCGUGGCCUGAAGACGCCUUAUUAGCCGUAGCAACGCGAUUCUUGGGGGAAAUUGAUUUGGAAACUCGGGAAAGAGACGUCUGCAUUGACAUGUGCCAAAUGUUUCACACAACAACUCAACAACUUUCCGACGAGUAUUAUACAAGAUUACAACGCCAUAAUUAUGUUACUCCAACAUCUUACUUAGAGUUAAUAAACACCUUCAAAACUUUUCUUAAUAGGAAACGACAGGAAGUACUUACCGGAAAAAAACGUUACGAAGUCGGGUUAGAAAAACUAGAGCAUGCUGGGUCACAAGUGUCAGUCAUGCAAGCAGCAUUGGAAACUCUGCAACCAGCUUUGGUCGAAGCCGCAGCCAAGGUUUCCGAAACGAUGAAAAAAGUCGAAGCUGAAUCUGCCGAAGCAGCCGAAGUCGAGAAAACGGUUAUGGCUGACGAAGCCGUGGCUAAUGAGCAAGCCCAAAAAGCGCAAGCUAUCAAAGACGAAUGCGAUGCCAACUUAGCCGAAGCUAUGCCAAUCUUAAACGCGGCUCUUGCAGCCUUAAACACUCUCACAACUGCUGAUAUUGCCGUCGUCAAAACAAUGAAAAGUCCUCCGAAAGGAGUAAGACUUGUUAUGGAAGCAGUCUGUAUUUUGAAAGACGUCAAACCUGAAAAAUUACCAUUACCGAGCGGUAUAGGGACCUACGAAGACUAUUGGGGUCCUUCAAAGAAAGUCCUCGGCGACAUGAAAUUUUUGGAUAGUUUAAUCAACUUCGAUAAGGAUAACAUACCACCCAAAAUAAUGGCAAAACUGGCCGAAAAAAUUCUCAACGAUGAAAGUUUUGACCCUGAGAAAAUCAAAGUGGCUUCGACAGCAGCUGAGGGUUUGAGCAAAUGGGUUAUUGCAAUUUCUAAAUAUGACAAAGUAGCAAAAGUCGUGGCUCCAAAGAAAUUGGCUUUGGCUGCUGCUGAAGCUGAGUUUCAGACUGCAAUGACCGCUCUCGAGAUUAAAAGACAACAAUUGAGGGAAGCAAGAGAAAAAGUUGCGAAAUUGGAAGCUGCUCUUGAUGCUGAAAAUAAAAAGUUUCAAAAUUUGACUGAUGAGGUGAAUUUGUGUACUUUGAAACUACACAGAGCUGAGGAAUUAAUUGGAGGGCUUGGGGGCGAAAAAACGAGAUGGAUGGCAACGGCUAAAGCUUUGGGGGAGAGGUAUUACAUGUUGACGGGGGAUAUUUUGAUUGCUGCUGGGGUUGUGGCGUAUUUGGGGCCGUUUACUUUGCAGUUUAGAAAUAAACAGAUUGAGGAGUGGAUUCAUGCGUUAAUUGGGUAUAAUAUCGUGUGCUCAAAAGACUUUUCCUUGACUGCGACUUUGGGAGAACCGGUGGAAAUCAGAGCCUGGAAUAUUUUUGGACUUCCGACUGACAGUUUUAGUAUUGACAAUGGUAUAAUUAUAAAAAAUGCGAGAAGAUACGCGUUGAUGAUUGAUCCACAAGGACAAGCUAAUAAAUGGAUUAAAAACAUGGAAAAGUCUAAAAACUUGGCAAUAAUUCGGUUAAAUCAGCCUGAUUAUGUCAGAAUUCUUGAGAAUGCUAUUCAAUUUGGGCAACCUGUUCUUUUGGAAAAUAUUGGUGAAGAGUUGGAUCCGAUUUUGGAACCAGUUUUAGCCCAACAAAUUUUUAAACAGAGUGGCGCUCUUUGUUUAAAAUUGGGAGACUCGGUUGUUGAGUAUAAUCCUGAUUUUAGAUUAUUUAUAACUACAAAACUGAGAAACCCUCAUUAUCUGCCUGAAGUGGCAGUUAAAGUGACUUUGGUAAACUUUAUGAUAACAACUGUAGGUUUGGAGGAUCAAUUGUUAGGUAUCACGGUGGCUAAAGAACGACCCGAUUUAGAAGCCGAGAAAAAUGCUCUUAUUCUUCAAGGAGCUGAGAAUAAACGUGCUUUGAAAGAAAUAGAAGAUAAAAUUUUAGAAGUUUUGAGUACUUCUCAAGGUAAUAUUCUAGAGGACGAAACUGCCGUGCAGAUUUUAAGUUCGUCCAAAACUCUGUCAAAUGAAAUUGCUGCAAAACAAGCAAUUGCAGAGGUAACUGAACAGCAAAUUGAUAAGGCUAGAAUGGAGUAUAAACCGAUAGCUGUUCAUUCCGCGAUAUUAUUUUUUACGAUCGUCGAAUUGGCAAAUAUCGAUCCUAUGUAUCAAUAUUCACUGGUGUGGUUCAUGAACUUAUUUAAAGCUGCUAUUGACAAUACCGAAAAAGUCGAUGAUGUCGUCGAACGUCUAGUUGAUUUGGAAAAAUACUUUACUUACUCUCUUUAUGUUAAUAUAUGUCGAAGUUUAUUUGAAAAAGAUAAACUGUUAUUUUCACUUUUGCUGACUGUCAACUUGCUAAAAAGUCGUGACGCUAUCGAUUUAGCCGAAUGGAUGUUUCUUUUAACGGGAGGUGUUGGCUUAGAUAAUCCUAAUGUAAAUCCAUCCGACUGGUUGGUGACUAAAUCCUGGGAUGAACUGUGUCGACUCGACGAGUACCCAGCUUUCGUAGGGAUAAAAGAUAGUUUUGGGCAAAAUUUAAGCAAAUGGAAAGAGAUGUUCGAUUCGGUUGAGCCACAAGACCACCCUCUGCCGGCGCCUUGGGACAAGAAGCUAUCACAGUUUCAAAAAAUGUUAGUUCUUCGAUGUAUCAGGUUUGAUAAAGUGGUCCCUGCUAUCCAAGAAUUUGUCACAGAUAAUUUGGGGAAGAAAUUUAUCGAGCCUCCACCUUUUGAUUUAUACUCCUCAUUUACCGAUUCCCACUGCUGCGUACCCUUGAUUUUCGUCCUAACCCCUGGAGCCGAUCCGACGGCAGUUUUGUUGAAAUUUGCGGAUGAUCAGGGCUUUGGAGCGGCGCGAUUAUUUGCGUUAUCGUUGGGGCAAGGCCAAGGGCCUAUCGCCGUUAAAUUGAUCGACGAAGGGAUCCGAAACGGCACUUGGGUAGUUCUUCAGAACUGUCAUUUGGCGAAAAGUUUUAUGCCGACGCUCGAACGGAUUUGCGAGAACCUUACUCCGGAUUCGACUCAUCCGGACUUUCGUCUGUGGUUGACUUCGUAUCCCGCCGAACAUUUCCCCGUUCUCGUUUUACAAAACGGUGUUAAGAUGACGAACGAGCCGCCGAAGGGGUUAAGAGCCAAUAUAAUACGAUCCUAUUUGAGCGAUCCUAUAUCUGAUCCUGAAUGGUUCGAGAGUUGCACACAGAGCGUGCCUUUUAAGAGACUCCUCUAUGGCCUGUGCUUCUUUCAUGCGUCGGUACAAGAAAGAAGGAAAUUCGGGCCUCUGGGAUGGAAUAUUCCCUACGAGUUUAACGAGACAGAUUUGAGAAUAAGCGUAAUGCAGCUUCUCAUGUUUCUGAAUGAGUACGAGGACAUUCAAUACGACGCCUUGCUGUACUUGACCGGCGAAUGCAACUACGGUGGUCGAGUGACCGACGAUUGGGACAGGAGAUGUCUCUCGACGAUACUCCGGAAGUUUUAUUGCAAGGAACUCGUCGAAACUCCGAAUUACCCUUUUGAUCCUACAAAAAAAUAUUACUGUCCAGACAAGGAAGAUUAUGAAGAAUUCAUGGAGUAUACAAAAUCGUUACCUUUGAUCACUCAUCCGGAAGUAUUCGGAAUGAACGAAAACGCAGAUAUUAUGAAAGAUCAACAGGAAACAAAUUUGAUGUUUAGCAGUAUUUUGCUCACGCAGGAUGCUCAUUCUACAGGGGGUAGUACGAAGUCCCCCGACGAGAUAGUUUUAGAGGUGGCUGCCGACAUUUUGGCCAAGUUGCCUAAAAAUUAUGACCGCGAUGCAGCAAUGGAGAAAUACCCGACUUUAUACGCCCAAAGCAUGAACACAGUUUUAGUCCAAGAAAUGAACAGAUUCAAUCGUCUUCUCUCCGAAAUUCGCUCAAGUUUAAUAAACGUUGGAAAAGCAAUAAAGGGCAUAAUUGUAAUGUCUCCCACUCUGGAAGAAGUGACCGUUAGUAUUCUGACCGGAAGGAUUCCGAACUUGUGGAUGAAAAAAUCGUAUCCAUCGCUGAAACCGUUGGGAAGUUACGUUAACGACUUUUUAGCACGUUUAGCCUUCCUGCAGAAAUGGUAUGAGGAAGGCGCCCCAUCGACUUAUUGGUUAUCGGGGUUCUUCUUUACGCAAGCUUUCCUGACAGGGGCUCAACAGAAUUACGCAAGGAAGUAUAGAAUACCGAUCGACUUGCUUGCAUUUGAUUACGAGGUCUUGAGAGAGACACAUAUAACUACAGCGCCUGACGAUGGGGUUAUUGUCUAUGGACUGUUCUUAGAUGGGGCGAGAUGGGACAAAAAUAUGAUGAUUUUGGAAGAGUCUCUGCCGAAGGUGUUGUACGAUGUGGUGCCACAUAUUUGGAUGAAACCCAUGAAACGUGAUGAGAUCAAGCCGAAGGAAACUUAUUUAUGUCCGAUUUAUAAAACUUCAGAAAGACGAGGGGUUUUGUCAACGACGGGUCAUUCCACCAACUUUGUAAUUGCAAUGACACUACCAACUAAAAAGCCUGAAAAGCACUGGAUAAUGCGAGGUGUUGCUAUGCUGUGUCAAUUAUCGCAGUAAUGAUGAAAAAGGAUAAUUUAAGUCAUUUUUCAUAUUUAUAUUGUGAUAGAUGGGUUUUGCGUAUUUGUAUUUCUACUUUAUUUACGUCUGGAUGCACUUUUGUAUCACUUUUUUACAAAUAUAUUUUUAUUUCUGA